AUGACAAAUAAAAAGGAGCUACAGUUUUCAGAAGGCUUGGGCUUUUUGUCAGAAAUCAAGGUCGAGGAAAGUAUCGAAAAGCCAGAGUAUGGAAAAGUGGAUGUGGAAAAAGGAUGGAAGACUACAACGGUCAACAACAAACCCGAGGACCCAAAUCUAGUCACUUGGGAUAACGCUGCAGAUCCCAUGAACCCCAAGAAUUGGCCCAUGAAAGACAAGUGGAUUGUCACGCUUAUCAUCUCGCUGUUCCUACUCGCAACCUUAAUGUCCUCAACGAUAAUUUCUCCUGCAUUACCUGACAUUGCAAAGAGUUUGGAUAUAACCAGUGACGUUGAAAUCCAAACCACAAUAUCCGCGUUCGUGCUUGGCUAUGCAUUCGGUCCGUUGUUCCUCGCACCAUUAUCUGAAAUGUAUGGACGAGUCAUUGUAGUCCAGUGGUCAAAUGUCUGGUUCGUUAUCUGGAGCAUUGUAAGCGGAUUUGCAGCAACGAAAACUCAACUGAUUACAGCUCGCUUGAUGGCUGGUAUCGGUGGGAGUGCAGCUUUGACGAUUGGUGGUGGAAUUGUAGGUGAUGUAUGGAAACCCGAACAGCGAGGAAGAUCAUUGGCAUUGUACAAUUUGAUCCCUCUGUUAGGUCCUGCUUUCGGUCCUCUAAUGGGGGGUUACAUUGCGCAGCGAGCUUCGUGGCGCUGGUCCUUUUUUACUCUCGCCAUAUUCGAAACAGUUCUGAUCAUUCUUUCUUUUGCUACUUUCAAGGAAACCUAUGGCCCUACAGUCUUAAAACGAAAAGCCAAAGCCCUUCGAAAGGCCACCGGAAACUUUAACCUCUACACUAAGCACAAGAAGGAAAACCCCGCACUCUUACCCAAAUUAAAAACUACGCUCUCUCGGCCUACCAAACUCCUCUUCACACAUCCCAUAAUCCAAAUUCUCGCCAUAUAUGGUGCUUAUAGUUUUGGUCUCCUUUACAUUGUUCAUACCACCUUUCCCAAACUAUGGACCGAACGUUACCACGAGUCUGUGUCACAAUCCGGACUCAACUUUAUCUCAAUCGCCAUCGGAUUUACAAUUGGAGCACAAGUCGCAGGCCCCAUCACAGAUCGCAUUUGGCAACAUCUGCGCAAGAAGGCAGCAAUAUCGAACCCCACUCUAAACGGUUUGGAACCAGUCAUUAUCCCAGAAUAUCGCGUCCCACUUAUGGUUCCCGGGGCACUUCUAGUACCCGUCGGCCUCCUAAUAUACGGUUGGUGUGCACAGUCCCAUACACACUGGAUUGGACCCAAUAUUGGUAUUGCAAUCUUCAGUGCUGGGACGACCGUAGGGACGCAUUGCCAGACUGCUUAUGUCAUUGACGCGUAUCCGGAUCACACGGCUUCAGCGUUGGCGGCAAUCGCAGUGAUGAAGGACUUUGCUGGUUUUGGGUUUCCCCUAUUUGCUCCGCAAAUGUACAAGGCAUUGGAUUAUGGAUGGGGAAAUACGUUGAUUGCGGGAGUGGCUAUUCUUCUUGGGGUCCCUAUGCCAUGGGUCUUGUGGAACUACGGGGCCAGAAUUCGAGCAAAAUCAGGAGCAAUUCGAGUGUGA